CCGUGCUCCCGCCCAGAGCGCAGAGGUGUGCGGUCGCUGCUGCUGGAAGGAGUCCACCCUGGUCAGGUAGAAUCAUCCAGCGCGGGUUGGAGGGGGAGAGAGGCAGAGCCGCUGCAUGCCAUGGCGAGAAACGGCAGCGUGUGUUCGGCCGCGCGGAGCCAGCUGCAGGACUCCUCUGAGUCGGACUCGGAACCGGAGGGGGGUCCUGCUCGUCCGACUGGAGUCGAACCCGCGCCCGGCUCUUUCGCCCGCACCCAGGUGAUCCACAGCGGACACUUCAUGGUGUCGUCGCCGCACAGCGACUCUGCGGCGCGCCGCAGGAAGAGCGGCGGCUCGCUGCGGUACGACUUCGACACGGUGAACAGGACGUGGUGCCAGACCUACCGGUACCACUCCGGGAGCCUGAGCAUCGACCCCACUCUCACCCGGCUGUUCGAGUGCAUGUCUCUGGCUUACAGUGGGAAAAUAGUCUCUCCCAAAUGGAAGUCGUUCAAGGGCCUGCGCUUGCUUUGGAGGGAUAAGAUCCGUCUGAACAACGCAAUAUGGAGAGCAUGGUUCAUUCAGUAUGUGGAGAAGAGGAAGAACCCGGUGUGCGGGUUCGUCACGCCGCUGGAAGGCUCAGAGGCAGAAGCUCACCGAAAGCCUGAGGCAAUCAUUUUGGAGGGCAGCUACUGGAAGAGGAGGAUUGAAGUGGUGAUUAAGGAGUACCACAAGUGGAGGAUUUAUUACAAGAAAAGGCUUCAGAAGAAAAAGGAUGACAUCCUGUCGAUGCUGCAGGAGGGGCAGACCUGCCAGGCCAAGCUGGACAGAUGGUCCAGUCACUCCUACCAGCAACCUGAAGUCGCCCCUGUAGAGGCCCACAUGUUUGACCUGGACUGCCUUCUGUCCGACAUCUCCGACACGCUUUUCACCAUGACCCAGAAACCCUGUCCCUGGACCAGCGACAGACACAACACAUACACAAGCAAUGCUGACAUGAUCCAGCCGGGCCUGACGCCACUGCAGCCCAGUAUGGAUGACUUCAUGGACAUCCCAGAUAUCUUUCUGAACUACCGAGGUCAGCCCACUCACCAGAGUGGGUUUGCCGACUGUAGCUACUUUGACGGUCCACCCAGCACAGCUUAUGCUCCCGUUCCCUCUCCUGUUGUGACGGCCCCUCAGCUUCUUAUCGACACCCAGCUGUCUCAGCCUACUCUGUCUUCUGACAGUCUAGCCCAGCCCUCUACAUCCAGCCCUCGCUCAGAGCAGACCAGGGCUAGCCAGGACUGUGGCGAGUACCAUACGUCCAGCAUGGCGUCCGGAGCCAUGUCGUACGGACAUCAGUCGUACCACGAUGCGUCUGCGUCUACGGCAUACACUAGUAACGCAGAGCAGCCUGUCUCUGCAAGCGUUCCUUUCCUGCACCCGCUGCCGUGUCACAAGUUUGGGCUCUACACAACGACGAGCGUGACCUCCACCGUUAUCACUCACACGGCCUCCACCAUGGGAGCCCAGGGCUCCGUGUACCAGGCUCAUACCUACUCUCCGGCGGUGGACCCAUACUCCCAGACCCACUGCCACUCUCUCAGUUACCCGGCCGCCGCGUCGGACCCGGUCCACGCAGCGCUGGCUCCUGUCACAGCGACCCACUGCCUGUCUGUCCCGGAGCAGCUGGUUGUUUCAGGGGUCAGGGGGAAACACAAGCAGAAGACAGGAGGCCUGCGGACAGCUGGAUCCCCCGAUUUGCCCUCCAACCCCCAAUCCACUGCCCCCAUCCCCACCAGCUGCCUGGCUAAGCUGCUUUCCUCCAGCACACAUGACAGAAAACCAACGCUUGGAUUUAAUAGCACCUCUCUGAUGACAACUAAAGGUCAGAGGUCAACAUCUAAGAGCUCUGUGAAAACAUGUGUUGUUCAGCAGACAAGCCGGGCUGCUCCAGUUGGCGGCGUUUCCUCGACGCUGCAGCACGGAGCAGGUUGGCCUACAGUGAUGACGCCUCCGCUUGGCCACAGCGCGCCGCGCGCCAGCACCUCGAGAGGCUCAGCGGUGUCCGCUCUUCUCACCCACGGGUCCACCAACAGCGCCGCCGCCCUGCUGGUUCCCAAGACCGAGAAGCUGUCACCUGUUCCCCUCUACGCCACAGACAGGAGCAGCCUGACCGUUCAGUUCAGUGCUCAUCCAGGCCAAAUCUCUCCACCAAACCCUCUGGACAAAGCCUCCAAUCCCGGCUCCCCGCAGUCCGGCCUCUCAGGACAAGGAAAGCUGGAGUCUAACAAGCAAACGGAGACCAGGAGGAUAACUCACAUCUCUGCCGAGCAAAAGAGACGUUUCAACAUCAAACUGGGAUUCGACACUUUACAUAACCUGGUGACGACGCUCAGCUCCCAGCCGAGCAUAAAGAUCAGCAAAGCCACGACGCUGCAGAAGACUGCCGAGUACAUCAGCAAGAUGCAGCAGGAGAGAGCUCAGCUGCACGAGGAGGUCCAGAGACUCCGAGAGGAGAUCCAGCACCUGAACUCUGCCAUCAAUGCUUGCCAGCAGCAGCUCCCAGCCACAGGUGUCCCCAUCACACGGCAGCGCUUUGACUACAUGAGGCAAAAGUUCAGAGAGUACGUCCGGGCUCAGACUCUGCAGAACUGGAAGUUCUGGAUCUUCAGUAUCAUCAUUGAGCCUCUGUUCGAGUCCUACAAUGGGAUGGUUUCCACGGCGAGCGUGGAAGACCUGUGUCGAUCCACUCUCUCCUGGUUGGACCAGCACUGUGCCUUGCCUGCUCUUAGACCCAUGGUUCUGAGUUCACUCCGUCUCUUGAGUACAACCACAGCCAUCCUGACUGACCCCAGCCUCCUACCGGAGCAGGCUGCACUCGCAGUGACCCAGGGGGAGCCUGCUCCUGCUAUGGACCACUCCUUACAGCCCAUCAUGCGGCAGUAGUGUGCGCAGCUUACGGACCAAUGAAGAAUACCCUCGGAAAAAAAUCCUAAGUGAAGGGACGGAAAUGUGGAAAGCCGCUUCAAAAUUCAUUUGGGUGCUUUGUGGUGGCCGCUGGUGUCUAAAAAUGCGGUUAAGACCCGCCUUUAUUAUGUUUAUUUAACGCUAUUACAAGGUUUAUGUAUACAAGCCACCUGGAGUUCAAAAAGUAUAUCACCACUUUUAAACAAAACCCUUAAAAAUGCUUAACAAAACCCUUAUCUAGCUAUUUGUCUAGCUAACCAACUAGAUAGCUAACCAACUAGAUAGCUAACUAGCUAGAUAGCUAACUAGCUAGGACUCAAGACUUUUGUGCAAAGGGUCAGAGUCCACAAUUCAGUAGAAGUCAUUGAAAAGGUAUAUAACAGUAUAUAUAAUAACUUAAAAGAA